UCUUGUGGCAGUGAAUGUUUUGGGCGGGUUUUGCAGAGCUUUAUUGGGCUGGAAAUCGUCACAGAAUCGUCAAAUCUGGCAACACAACUGCUGGAAAUACAGUCAGAACAGCAGCCAGAACAACAUCUGUCUUGACAUGAGCAGGAAUACAGCAGAACGAAGUGGAAAUGAAUGUUCAGCUUGCUUGGAACAAAUAACAGAGCUAGAGUUAACAUUUAUAAGAGCUUAAGACAGUCAGCAAGACAUUUCUUGAGGAAUUUCAUACAUCACGAACCUUCCAAAAAUACUUCAAGACUUAAAGAGCAGCUAUUUACUGUUUCCUAACAUGGAGCUAAAGUGGACACUUCUUAUGGGUCUCUUUCUGCCGUCAUGUAGUGUUGGUAAUUAUGACCUUGUGGUUUUAAUUAAAAAAAAGAACAGUUUGACUGUAAUGAAUAUUUUAAUGAUUUUUACAACAUUAGAGGGAAUACGUGUAUCUGUAAUUGUAGUUUUUACCUUUAUAAUGACACGUUUCCUUCCUCAUUCCACUCUUCCAUCUGUCUGUUUUACAGAUCUGGAUGACUGGGAGUUUUUUCAAAGUGUGUGUGAAUAUCCCGAUAAUGAAUUUUCCGGCUCUGGUGAUUUUGAGAUUGAGAGCUCAGCUGGCUCUGUAGCAGAAUAUGAAGACAUCGAUGAGUGUGAAGAUCCAGAUGUUUGUGGCAUAAAUGCAGAAUGCCACAAUCAUCCAGGCGGAUACAGCUGCAUAUGUCACCAGGGUUACAGUAACUACGGCAACAACCAGUCAAAAUGCAUCAAAAUGAACUGCGAUCAGUUUAAACCUGAGCCUGAUGCAGAACACACACCGAAAAAGUUGAAGCAUUUGAUGUCACUGUUGAAGAACAGCUGUGAGACUCUGAAUGAUCCACAAGAAGAACAUUUCACUGGCAAGAUGUUACUGGAGAACUUGUUCAAUUCCACUGAUGAUCUGCUGUCGGAUGGAAACAUCGCUAGCGGAAAGAUGUUGAGUCAGUUUCUGGACGCGGUGGAGAACAGCAUGCGUCUGAUCGGACCUCAGCUUAAAGAGCCUGUGACCAGGAUGGAGACACACAACACCGUCGCUGAGGUUGCAGUCACACGGAGUCAGACUCCGCCCACUGGGAGUGUCACUCUGAGCACAGACUCCGCCCUCUUCAACACCAGCUGGGAGACAGUUGUAGGGAAAUCAUAUCCAGGUUUUGCGUUUGUGGCGCUGGUCAGUUUUAAAAAUCUGAACUCAUCCAGUGAUCAGUUCCACAAGAUCAGCAGAGAGAGAUCAGAUGAUAAAGAGAGAAAAAUCACUUAUCAACUCAACUCAAAGGUGGUGACAGUCGUUGUCAGUAAUCCAGACACCAAACGUCUUUCUGAGCCAGUGACGCUCAUCUUUACACACAUGGAGGAGAGGACGGAGUCUGGGAGCGCGGAUUAUUCCUGUGUGUUCUGGAAUGAGACUGAGGGGGCGUGGUCUGGGCAGGGCUGUGAGAAGGCGUGGUCUAAUGGCACUCAUACAAGCUGUUCCUACUCUCACCUGAGUAGUUUCGCUCUGCUUAUGGCCCUCUACCCUGUCCAGGACACGUCUGAGUUGGUGUUGAUCACACGUGUGGGUUUAGUUUUGUCUCUGGUCUGUUUAUUUCUCUGUAUCCUGACGUUCCGGUUUUGUCGCUCAAUCCAAGGAACCCGAAAUAGCAUUCAUCUUCACCUGAGUGUGUGCCUCUUCAUCGCAGACCUCGUCUUCCUUUGCGGUAUCUCCAGCACUCACAACAGGAUAGCGUGUGCGAUUGUGGCUGGCCUGCUUCAUUACUUCUUCUUGUCUGCGUUCUGCUGGAUGCUGCUGGAGGGGGUUCAGCUCUACCGGAUGGUUGUGCUGGUGUUUCACACCACAAUAAAACAUCUGUACAUGUACGCCGUGGGAUACGGAGUCCCUCUCGUCAUUGUCACCGUCUCUGCCAUCACUUAUCCUCAAGGAUAUGGCACUGAUCAACACUGUUGGCUCUCUCUUGAUGGUUAUUUCAUCUUGAGUUUUUUCAUACCCGUCUGCAUCGUCAUCAUCCUCAACUGUUUUGUCUUCAUCAUCACUGUGUGGAAACUGGCAAAAAAAUUCUCCAAUCUCAAUCCAGACCUCUCCAAACUCAAACAGAUCAGGAGUUUUACAGUGACCGCAGUGGCUCAGUUGUGUGUUCUCGGUGGGACGUGGGUUUUUGGCUUCUUCCUCUUCCAGAAGAAAGGGACUGAAGUCAUGUUGUACCUCUUCACCAUCUUCAACAGCCUACAGGGGGCGCUCAUCUUCAUCAUGCACUGCCUGCUGUCCAAAACGGCCACAAAAGGAGAAAUUUACAAAAUGUCUUGCUCAUGCUCAUCUUGUGUUGCAUGCUCUGUUAGGAAAGGCCUGAUCUUCCUGAUGUUAUGUAUUGCAAACCUGCAUGAUUGUGCCAUCCUUGCAAUGUGGUCUUUGAAGGUCAGCUGGUCAUCAAAGAUUACCCCAAGAUUUCUGAUUGAACUUGAAGGGAUUAUUGUUGAUGAACUUAGCUGAAUGGUGAAAUUGUGCUGUACAGUCAGAGCGGCAGGGAAGACAAGAAGGUUGAGCUGUAGGGGAUGUUCUUUCAUCCAUUCUGUCCUCCAGGCAGCCUGAGAUCCGUGUAGCUGCCAUUGGAUCAUCUAGUUGAAAUGAAAAGUUGGGCUGUGUCCUCAGCAUAGAAAUGGUAGGACAAAUCAUGUGCCAGUGCCAGUGUGGAGAGAUGUGUCAACGGUGUGUGCGAGUCCUGGUAAAUGUUUAGGAGAGAUGGCUUGUAAAAGGUGUGAGGGGAUGAGGUCUAAAGGCCGGGUGGAGAGGAGAAGUUUAUUUACUUCUGCUUCUGUGAGAGGAGAGAAGGAAAAGAGGAGAGCAGAGAUUGAUACAUACUCAGGUCAGAUGGAUCUUUUGAUUUGCGCCAUUUUCUAUGCUGCCCUGAUUUGGGCCGACAUUCACAGAGAACAUCAGAUAACCAGGGGUUGGAGGGAGUAGCACAUGUUGUCCUGGAAGAGAGAGGACAGAUGUUGUCUAGGCAAGAAGUUAAAGUGUCCUUGACACUAUUCACAUCCAGAACUUGGUAGGAGAGUGAAGAGAGGAUGAGAAAAAAGACGAAAGAGCCAUUGGCCUCCGAUACACUCACUCCCCUAAACCUUACUCCCAUCCGGGUCACGGCACCAAUGUAACCCUUCCGGUCUUAACCACCCUGCUCCGAGCAGAAUUUAAACCCGGGUCACCAACAUGGGCACGCCAGCCAUAGGAGGAAAUUGGGGGGCGGGGGGUCAGGACCCCCCCCAAUCUGAGGGUUGACCCCCUCCCCAAAAACUAUCAUUAAAAACCACACUGUGUAUUAUUCUUUUACCUCACCUACACACACAAGUCUAGUGGGAGAGAAACGGUGCUGUCAGGAUCACUUUCACAUAGUAGAUGCAGCCCAAAGCAUGUCGCUUAUAAGUCUGCAUGUUCAACGUGUUUCUGUGUGAACGAAUGGCGUUGUUUUGUCUACUACACAAACUCAAAGACACAUGACACUUACUGUGUUACAUGAACUUAAGUCACUUCUGAGCUUCCUUCACCAUUUAAUUUGGAAAAACACGACAAACCUGGUGCCAUGUGUUCCCCAGGUAAGCGACGCACACGCACCCGGCCAUCCACAUGGUGUAAAAGAAAACGUGAUUCAUCAGACCAGGCCACCUUCUUCCAUUGCUCCGUGGUCCAGUUCUGAUGCUCACGUGUCCACUGUUGGCUCUUUUGGCAGUGGACAGUGGUCAGCAUGGGUCUGCAGCUCCAUACGCAACAAACUGAUGCACUGUGUAUUCUGACACCUUUCUAUCAGAACCAGCAUUAACUUCUUGAGCAAUUUGAGCUACAGUAGCUCAUCUGUUGGAUCAGACCACACGGGCC